UAGUGAUUGGACCGUGAGCUAAUAACACACACACACAUACAGGCUGAACAAGGCUCCGACAUUCUUCACUUCAAUGGAGGAACAGCCCAAAGAUCGGGCACAAGACAGACACUACUACCACCACCACGGAGAGGACCGGAGCUCCGCUCAGCGCACAGCUUGUCUGAAAAAUGAUCAGAGCCACUUCCAGUGCCAGCAUCAGGAAGCGCAGACGAAGAAAACAGGCAAUAAGAAAGUAAACAUCAGCGACGAGGAAGGAGAGAAGAGUCCACAUCCGUCUGAUGCUGUUGUUAUGUCCCAUCCUUUGAACAUUGGUGGCAACAGACACAUAAAUAAUGCAAAUGUGAAGCAAAAGGGGACGCAGAAGUUCUACACGUCCGGUCCAAAAGCGAGCARCAAACUGCUGGGUCAUAAGAAGAACAUGGACUUUAAAAAUGACAAGGACAAGGUUCUGGAUUUGAGUCAUCAUGAGAUCCAGCCCUUUGAUAAGAGAGACUCUGCUUUGCUUCAGAAUGGCCUUGUAAACUGUGGCCUCAUUAUAAAUGGCUAUUCUAGUAAGGACAAUGACGGCAGCGGCUCYGAAGGUGGAUACACUACCCCGAAGAGACGCAAGGCCCGCUGCAACAACACCAAGAACGCUGACAAUGUGACGAGAGAAAAAGAGAGAGACAUGCAGCCCCGCAACACUACGCACGAGCUGGGCGCYGUGGAUCUCGAGACUGAGAAAGCCAGGUCCACCCAUAAGGUGGAGGCGCAUUCGGCGGCGAAACGGACUGUCGUGUCUGAGACUUCAGCGGGCGAAUCCCAACGGAAAAACUCCGAUGGCAAAACAGCUGGAACGUUUGGUAAAAAAAGCGAAGAAMGGCACAAAGGCAAGGUUUCCUCACCUUCAAAAGAGGACUCGUGGACUUUGUUUAAGCCCCCACCUGUGUUUCCUGUGGACAACAGCAGCGCUAAAAUWGUUCCUAAGAUCAGUUAUGCAAGUAAAGUAAAAGAGAACCUCAAUAAAGUGGCUCAAAUCGGAGGAGAGGUGACUCCCCCUCCACCUGUGAGACUGUCACAAGUCCCGAUGUCUGCUAUGAAAACUAUCUCCUCAGCUAGCUUUACUAAUGGUCCCRUUUCUGGAAACGGCUGCCCGUCUUCGGGUACCUUCUUCGUUCCUGCUGCUAGUUGUGUUCAAUCAGCCCCAUCUAUCCCAGGCGGCGAGAAUGUAGCAUCUUUAGAAAGUAACUGUAGCUCUACAACAAGUCCUGUAGAUGGAGAGGCGAGCGAGCUGAAAAAGUGUACUCUCUUAGUCUACCCUUUAAAUAUGCAACCUGUGCUCCCCAGCGCUCGUCACCUCGACCCACCGGCUGCUCAGACAAAUCAGAAAGCCCUGGGAGACAUCUUCCAGAAUCAGUGGGGGCUCUCCUUCAUCAACGAGCCCMACUUGGGGCUAGAAGGAGGAAACGUGCCUGCUGACGACCAGACUUCUGUGACGUCUCGAAGCGAGAGUCAGACUGUUGGAGACAAGGUUGCCCAGGCCUUUUUUGACGUUAGCCCGUCGUUUGUAGAACCUGGCRCUUUGUCUCAAGAGCCAGAGAAAAGGACUUGUGGCGCCUGCCAAGCGUCGGGCGCCUGUUCUCCUGCUUGUGCGAUCGGCGAGGAGGCGUCCGAGCUGCAGGAGAAGAAAAAAGCGGAGGUCAAACGGGYGGGCUCCUCUGGGUCAGCUGCCAGUAAAGACAAUGGUGCUAAGCCUGCGCAGGGCCAGCAAACCACUGUGUUGUUUGGGUCUCCUAAAGAGCAGAUCCACACUAAAGACAGGAGGUGUAGCUGGGGCUCGUUUGAUGUUAAAGCUGCUGUCGCCUAUCACACUAAAGAAAUGGAAUUCAUUUUCAACUUGCAAAAACAAGAUCCAAAAAGAGUAGUGGUUUAUGAUGAGACCAAGGACGGACCUGAUCAGUGAGGUAGAUUUUGGUUUUUGUUUUUGUUUCUGGGUGCUGCAGUUUUCUACCUUGGAGAGAGAGAAAACAAAAAAAAUCCUGUUGGAUAAGGUGACAACUGUGAAAACUCUGACAUCUAAGCAUGAUUUCCCCCCUGGAACCUCGGGUAUAAUAAGACAAUUUAUUUUUGUUUGGUUUUGUUUGUUAUUUGGAGGGCAUCAGAAGAACGAACACUCUCUGGACGGACAUUAAACAAGGCUGAUCGGUGCCUCUCCACCACAAUGAAUGAACUUCUGCAACCUUCUAGCUGUGGUAGUCCUCGUCUCAUGGCUUUUAAGGGAUAACGUUCAGGAGUCCAACAACAAAAAAAGAAAAAAAAAAAAAAAAAGGCGUCUCGGACCGCAACUCUACAAGCCUUUUUGUCUCUGUUGAAGCGUGGUGGCCGUCAGUCCAGCUGCGGGGACGCCUCAGUCCCAUUCUUUCUUCAUGCAUUCAAAAGAGUUCACUGUAGAUAUGUUAAGUCAUACAUACUGUGUGUCAGCUUCAUGUUGGAUGAAAGCAGACUCUCUGGAGAGAAGAAGAGGGGAAAAAUGCCUUCAAGUUGUGGGUUUUGUUGAGUCGGCAGCGAGGCUCCAUCCUGAAAAAGAAGGUUGUCUUAAAUCCUUUUAGAGGAAACUACUCAGAGCCCAGAUGUGUUUGUUUUUAAUCUGUAAACCAACUGAACUAACAAGAAAACGAUUUGCUGAUUUGCUGUAUGACCCCGCCCCCACAGCUGAGGCACUGCAGUGCCGUAUUUGAAGGAAAGCUCCGCCCCCGUUUUAGGUUUUACCAGAAGCGCUAAAGGUUUUUUACCAUCGGGUCUCCGUUAAACUUUUCUGUUUUAAACCUCUAAUACAUUUCACGCAGAAGGUCGUUAUCACAGACUGUUCUUAAAUUCAGGUUCACACAGCUUCUGUAGAUGAAAUCUGAGUUGAAGAAAGGGAAAGAAGAAGUCGGGGGACAAACUGUUAAAGCAGAAACUUUGCCUCUGAUGAGAUGUUCUGUGUUUUGUGCUCCAUGUUCAGCUGCAACACUCAGGAUGUCCCCACAGGUUAUUGCAUUUCUGUUCAAGUAUUGCUUUUUUUUAAGAUUUAGCUUCAUGGCAUAGUGUUUUUAAUUUUGUUUACUGGUGUAAAUGAAUGAGUCAGAGUUCACUGUUCAUUAACACAACAUUGCAAUAUUAAUCUCGGGUCCCAGUGGAAGUGUGUAGAAAUGCAAUGAUGGGUCGUUCCACGUUUGACUGCGGGGGGGACCGGUUUGCAGACGAGUGUGCAAUAACACCAUAAACAUGUGUUACGAUGCUGAGCUGCGAAAUCAUGAACCAAGACGCUUGUUGUAGCCUGCAAGCUCAGUUUUUUUUGUUGUAUUUCUCAAACAUUUAAAAAAGUGCAUCUUCACUUUUGUUGCACAAUUUCCUAACUUUCCUUUGUGUUGGUGUGUGUGUUUGUGUGUGUGUGAGAGAAGAGCAUAGGGUCGAAUUAAGAGAUUCUAGUGAGCCCAAAUGAUUCAAACUGCCUACUGGUCGAUCCGCUGUGACAUCACUUUAAUUCUAAGCGUGGGUUGGUUCUGCUCCGGGUUUUACUCUGUAAUCUAGAUUUGGAUAACGUGUGGAUUACUGGCACUUUAUGUAAACAAAUUAACCUUUUAUCUUAAAUACUAAAAAACUCUAUAUGUACCAACUAGAAAUGCUCCUUGAAAGAAUGGCUCUGGGCUGUUACUGAAACAUAAAAAAUAAAAAAUAAAAAAAAACUAGUUGCUAAAUAAAGAAUUAAUAAAUGUAACUCAGGUAGUGUUGCUAAAGCCAUGAAGAAAUCAAAUAUUGUUUUUGCCAAACAAACCCCCGUCAUGUUUUCUUCCCUGAUUGGAAAUGCUAAAUUGGAGUUUUAACACCAAAUAGCUACUGUUGACAAAAUGUGUUGAUCUUUGGCGUAAAUUGUUUUCAUUUUAUUUUUAUAUUUUUGUUGUCCGCGUUGAGAAAGCACAAUAAGUUUUCUGUGGAUUUGCCAUCUUUGUCGGUUUCCUUUGCGUUCACAGAGAAGCACUACUUCUUAUUGUUGGACAACGUGCUUUUACUCUGAAAGGUUUGCUUCCUGCCACUGUGUCCCCAUGUGCAGAAAAGGGAAAGCUGUCGCAGACAUCUUUUUAUUUUGUGUUUGCUGUCCUUUUUUAAAAUAAAUUUGGGUUUGUUUUGCACACGGCUGAGGUGCAGAGGCUGCCGUCUCCGUUAGAACAGUUCUGAAUAUGAUUCAGGAGCAGUGGGUCGGGCAGCAUUAAUGUUUUGCUUGUGGAAGUUACUAAUCUGGUAUCGAUUUUAAUUCCAAACCCGCAGACAAAUCGACACAAUCGGGUUAAACAGUUGGAGCUGGAAGUAACAAAAAGCUUUCCAACUGGAAACAGGGUGAACAUAUUAAAACUGUAGUCUUACAAUCCAUUUAUUUAUUUAUUUUUUUGUCCCGCUCCCUUCCUCUCGCCCUAACAUUUAGUCUUUUUCAAGCACUUGUCUACAGCAGCGACGCUUCGCAGAUUAUGCAUUUAUUCACAUUUAGUUUGAGAGAUGUAGCCUGCAAACCAAAAAAAUUAAAUAAAAAAUUAAAAAAUAAAUAAAAAAUCAGGUUGUUGAAACCAAGUGGAUGAGUAAUCAGUGAUUGGAGGGGAGGAGGGGGUGAAAGGAGAAGUAAAUUAGUGCAGAUUUUAUACGUCUCCCCCCUUCCUCCACAUCAGGAUGUGCAAUCACCUCAAAGAUGCUGAUGCAGGCUUCCAGCUUGUGACUGACGUUGUUUGGUGUGUGUUUGUGUGUGUGUGGGUGUGUGGGUGUGUGGAGAGUUCUUCCUCUUAUAUGCAAGUUCCUCUUCUAUUUUCUACCCCCCCCCCCCCCCCCCCCCUCCCCUCCUUGUUUCAUGUUCAGGUGCCUGUGAGAGGUUAGCAGUGAGGGGAGGGGGAAAAAAUCUUACAGCAAUUUUGAUUGUUUUUAAAAACCUGCUUCCAGCGUGUAUCCGUGCCAUUUUUCUUUUCUCUUUUUUUGUAACGUGUUUUAGUUUUCUAACGGCUAAUCCAGAUUUACUUCCGUUGUUUGUUUUUGUUUUUUUUAGAUGAUUUAAUUAUUUUUUAGUUUUUACGGCUUGUCUUCAGAAUGGUGUGACCUAAAGCCAAAAUCACUUCAAACAGCUGUUGUUGCUGGUGUAUACUGGUACCAGUCUUUUAAUGAAAUUAACAUCUAUAGUAGCAAUGAAUUAAUCUGGACUCAUUUAACAUGUUUUAAAGAUUUUUUUUUAAGUUGUAUUCUUAAUUUAUCCAUAGUUGCACAAUUAAACUAAAAUUGUUUUUAGAUGUUUUAAUUUUUUAGUUGAAGCUGAUGUUAGACCCCCCUUGUUUUAGCACCAUCGUUAAUAUAUUUGGAAGGUAAUUUUCCUGCAGAUUUUAUACAGAGUUAUUAAUAAUGCGUUUGUUCAGAUAGUUGUGAUAAACAUAAAAACACUGCGUCUAGAGUUUCUAUUAAUAUAUUUGAAUUUGUUGAAGGCGACUGAGGUUUUCACACACAGGCCAAAGGUACCCUACUACUACUACACAGACGCAUGUUGAUGAUGUCAUAGCCAGCUUUCUGUUGACAUCCUGCUCAGUUCAGAUGAGUGUUUUGAAGGAGAGGACACUUCUGUAGCAGCUGAAUGUCACUCCGAGCGUUUUCUGCAGCACGAGCAGCAAAAAGGUGAAUAAACACCGAAAGUGCUGCUUCUUCAUCCUGUGAUGGGUGGGGGGGGGAAGUCGCUGGAUCUGGUGUUUUUGUGCUCGCCCUUAAAAGCUGUCCCUCUCUUACAAUGUUAAGUGUCUCAACAACUACUAAAACAAAUUUUGAGGCUUUUUGUUUUAAUCUGAAGCGUUUCAGAUUCUAAAUAAGGAGACAAAACAGGAUUUACCCAGUAGAGAUGAUGCAGGCACGUUGUGGCAAGUCUCUUUUUUUUUAGUUUUGUGUCAUCUCUAAGGUUUGAGCCCGUUCAUGCAAUUWAUUUAUUUCUCCCCUCCUCCCCCUCACUUUUUGUCUCCCCUCGUAUCACUUUGUCCAUCUUCYCUGCCUCCUAAACUCUGAGGCAUCAGCGUCUCCUAAACGUCUUACAGGUCGGCAUUUUCAGUGAGCAGUCUCAUUUAUUUAAUUUUUCAUGUUUUGAAUUUAACAAAAUUGUCACAUUACAUUGGUUUUAUUUCUGUUUUUUUUUUUGUUGUUUUUAAGCAUGAUAACCCUUCAAAUUCAGAACAAUGUAAUAGUCAAUAAAAAAAACAAAAACAAACCCAUGUGUUCACUGUUUUUAGUUUUAAUUAAAUGCUAUUCAUCAUCAAA